UCGAUUCCACACAAAUCACCCGUCAUCAUGGCAUCCGGAGUACCAGGAACCGCAAUUUCUAAGCGGAGAAAGUUUGUCGCCGAUGGAGUCUUCUACGCUGAACUGAACGAGUUCUUCCAGCGCGAACUCGCCGAGGAGGGCUACUCGGGCGUCGAAGUGCGCGUUACCCCCACCGUGACCGACAUUAUCAUCCGCGCCACCCACACCCAAGAGGUUCUGGGCGAGCAAGGCCGCCGCAUCCGCGAACUCACCUCCCUCAUCCAGAAGCGCUUCAAGUUCCCCGAAAACUCCGUCUCGCUGUACGCCGCUAAGGUGCAGAACCGUGGUCUCUCCGCUGUCGCACAAUGCGAGUCGCUCCGCUACAAGCUGCUUAACGGUCUGGCCGUGCGUCGUGCGUGCUACGGUGUCCUGCGCUUCAUCAUGGAGAGCGGUGCCAAGGGUUGCGAGGUCGUCGUUUCGGGCAAGCUGAGGGCUGCGCGUGCCAAGAGCAUGAAGUUUACCGAUGGCUUCAUGAUUCACUCUGGUCAGCCGGCCAAGGACUUCAUCGAUUCUGCUACCCGCCACGUUCUGCUCAGACAGGGUGUUCUCGGUAUCAAGGUCAAGAUCAUGCGUGGUUCGGAUCCUGAGGGCAAGAGUGGUCCCCAAAAGAGUCUGCCAGACAGUGUUACGAUUAUCGAGCCAAAGGAGGAGACGAGCGUGGUCCAGCCACACAGUGAGGAUUAUGGACAGAAGAAGGCCCAGGCUGAAGCUGCGGCGGCUGCUGCGAGGGAUGCUGAGGUUGGUGAGGGAGAGGGUGCACCAGCAGAGGAGCAAUAG